GGAGGAAGGCGCUGCUGUCCCGGGAGCCGCUACGAGGACGCUUCCCGAGGGAGCGGCUCUUCCGCCUCGGGAUAGGGAUUAUGUAGCUGCCGCUAGGCGGUGCCCCGGUGUGCGGCGGCGGCCCCGUUCCUUCGCAGCCAAAGAUGCUGCCGUUGCUGAGGCCACCGGUGGCGGGUGGCUGACUUUAUUCCUUCGUUCUCGCAUCGCCCAGCCCAGGCGGCGGUUGCUCCUCUCGGGCGCUCAGCGGGGCGGCGAUGGGCGAGAAAGUUUCCUCAGCUGAGGAGGCAGACUGCGAUGGCCGGAGGGGCUCUUCCUCCUCUUCCAGCUCCGGGUCUUCCUCGUCAGGCUCGCAAACUCUCUCCGAGGAAGGAGACGUCGCCGCUGCUGGCGCCACCUCAGCGCCCAGCACAGGCGGGCAGCUCGGCGGUGGCUUCCCCCGGGACAGUCCCCUCAGUCGCAGCACCCCCGAGCGGCAGGGGGUGGUGGUGGUGGUGGUGGACAAGGAGCCGCCGCCGCUGACUGUAGCAACGGGUUUCGUCCUCCGGGGCAAGAAGGAGGGGGACGCGGACGACAGCCGCGACACGGCAGGGCAACGGCGAGGAAGCGAGGAGGAGGAGGAGGAAGAAGAGGACUGCGCCGGGGGCGGCUGCGGUCACUUUCGCCCAGAGAGCGACGCCUCUUUGGAGGAGCAGGACGAGGAGCUUGACAGUAUAUUAUCGCCUCCAUCAAUGCCAUUUAGAAAAUCGAGCAACCCUGAGGUUUCUUCUGGCCCUGGCAAAUCAUUGAAAUUUAAAAGGCAGCUGAGUGAAGAUGGGAGACCUUUUAGAAGAGGAAGCCUUGGAGGAGCUCUGACUGGUAGGUACUUGCUGCCAAAUGCUGUUACACAACCGUCAUGGCAGACUGGAGAAACUUCUAAUCUUGUCCGAAUGCACAGUCAAGCUCUUGGACAGUCUGCUCCUUCUCUAACAGCUAGUUUGGACCUUCUUCCAGUCCUGCAGCUGUCUGUCUCGCAUGGCAAUGCUGCCCUUUAUCUGGGGGUCACAUAUGCAGGCCUGUCUGUAGGGCUACUCCUGGCAGAGGGGAUGCAAGCAGGCAGCUAUGCCCACCUGCAACCUCCUGACCAAGUCCCGGACCCUGCGGGCAAGAUCUUCCUCAUUCUCCAGCUCAUCGAUCAGGACCCAGUCCAGUAUGUAGAUCAGAAGGAUGACCUGUCCCAGGCUGGACUGGUACGAGCAUAG